AUGACUACCUUGACGUUGGCCCGUUAUUCUUCUCGUGGUCUUCCCUUGACCGCAGCCUGGAGCCGCCAUAUUGGCCCCGUCCGUUAUUACAGGCCCACCGAGCUCCGACCCCCAGAAACAGUGGACCACGUCGGUACAACCAAGUUUUUGAACCCGCCGCAAUAUCGUCAUGCCAAUUGGCUGGACAAUGAUUGUGAGCUAGUCCAAGUGACCCAUCGUGUUCCUCAUGACUUUACCGAUCGGUUUGCCAAUUUUUGCAUCCAAACGGUGAGAACGGCGUUUGAUUUUGUCACCGGUUACAAAAAAUCCGACGACAUGUCGGAAACAUUCAAGGGCACCCGCUACUACAUGACGCUGUCGAAAUGGCUUGUCCGAGUGAUAUUCCUCGAAUCGAUCGCCGGGGUGCCAGGGGAAACUGCAUCGUAUCUCCGCCACUUACGGAGCUUGAGGUACCUCCGGAGAGACAUGGGGUGGAUCGACCUGCUUCUGGACGAGGCGUUUAACGAAAGAAUGCACUUGUUGACGUUCUACCACAUCGGCAACCCGCUGAAGUUAGUGCGGUUCAUGGUGAUUGCGUCGCAGGGCAUCUUUACCAAUAUCUUCUUUUUGUGUUAUCUUUUGUGGCCCAAGUUGGCCCACCGAGUUGUAGGCUACCUUGAGGAAGAGGCGGUAUACACGUACACCCACUUGUUAUACCAGUUGAAGGCGGGCCAGUUGCCAGAUUUGGAGAAGGCGCCGGUGCCCGAGAUCGCGUGGAAAUACUGGACCACCCUCAACAAGCAUUCCACGUUUGAAGAGCUUAUCUUACAGAUUCGUGCCGACGAGUCCAAGCACCGGGAAAUCAACCACACCCUCGCCAACCUCAACCAGGAGGUCGAUCGCAACCCGUUUGCCUUACAGGUGGACACCGACAAACCCCAGCCCAACGACGGGUUGAAGGUGGUACGCCCCACGGGGUGGGAGCGCAAGGAGCUUGAUUUGUGA